AUGUCUUUCAGCGGAACUCAGCAGAAAUGCAAGACUUGCGAUAAAACUGUUCAUUUGGUUGAUACAGUAUCGGCUGAUGGUAAUGUUUAUCAUAAAAACUGCUUCAGAUGUCAUCAAUGCAAUGGCCUUCUUGCGAUGAGCAGCUAUACAUCAAAUGAAGGAGUUUUGUAUUGCAAGACUCAUGCUGAGCAGCUUUUGAAGGAUUCUGCAAUCAAGAGAUCCCUGUCAGCAGGAAAGCCCAGCGAGCUGCCUAGGGCCCCAAGCAAACUUUCUGCUUUCUUCUCUGGGACUCAAGAAAAAUGUUCAGCAUGCAAGAAAACUGUAUAUCCAUUGGAAAAGUUGACAGUGGAAGGUGAAUUUUACCACAAAUCAUGCUUUAGGUGUACACAUGCAGGAUGUUUUCUGAGCCCUUCAUCGUAUGCUGCUCUUGACGGAUUCAUAUACUGCAAACCACACUUUUCUCAGCUGUUUAAGGCUAAAGGUAGCUAUAGUUAUCUCUCCAAACAAGCUUCAUUGAAGAAAAACGAGGAAGCGAUGCAACAGGCUGCAGAAGAGAAAUCAGGCGAUAAUUCAGAAGCAGCAUCCGACGCAGAAACAAAGGAAGAAGAACAAGAUCCUGCUGCUGUAACAGAAGAGGCGUAG